CCGCAUUCACUAUAUCCGGUCUCCCCGGACCCUGCAUUCACUAUAUCUGGUCUCCCAGGACCCCGCAUUCACUAUAGCCGCUCUCCCCGGACCCCGCAUUCACUAUAUCUGGUCUCCCCGGACCCCGCAUUCACUAUAUCCGGUCUUACCGGACCCCGCAUUCACUAUAUCCGGUCUUACCGGACCCCGCAUUCACUAUAUCCGGUCUUACCGGACCCCGCAUUCACUAUAUCCGGUCUCCCCGGACCCCGCAUUCACUAUAUCCGCUCUCCCUGGACCCUGCAUUCACUAUAUCUGGUCUCCCCGGACCCUGCAUUCACUAUAUCUGGUCUCCCCGGACACUGCAUUCACUAUAUCCGGUCUCCCCGGACCCCGCAUUCACUAUAUCCGGUCUCCCCGGACCCUGCAUUCACUAUAUCCGCUCUC